AUGCAACAGGCACGGCUAUCCGUCGUACGCCCUUGUCGUUUAAUCGCUCGUCGCCGCUAUCUCGCCACGCCCUCGCGCCGAUUCCAUCUGUCGCAACAAUGGCGGUCGGCUCCAUCCCCCGAUCCUCAUGACGGCCCAUCGACUCCAUCGGAUGCGAUCGAAAAUUGCCAAUCCCCGAAACUCGAAGAUGCCAUCGCAAGCAAAACCUCAUUACCUACCGAAGACCAGACUGGCAAACCUGCCGCCAAGCCAUACGGCUCUGCAUUGCGGAGAGCCAUGAGGAACCGCCAAUCAGAACAAGAAAAACAGAAGGAACCUGUGGCUGCUAUUCCCAGCUGGUUUUCGGACCAGAACAUAGUCACUCGGAGUUCGGAAGGUGCUGCGCAGGCUCAACAAGUCGAAAUUACAGUAUCGAAACCAACAUCCACUUCGAACACCGUUGAAAAAAAGGAAUCCUUGACUGGAGGUGGUGGAAAAGAUCCUGCUUCAUCUAGUGAAACUCCCGAACCUGAUGAGGAAAACAACUAUGCUGUGCCUGAGGAAAUAUGGGGCGAAUUACGGGCGUCAGUCAAAGCGGGUCUGAGACUGCCCCCUGUGCAGUAUGCCAAAGAACCGGCAGCAAAGAAGUCACACCUCACUCUUCAAUAUCCAGGGAAUGAUGGGAUUCCGUUCUUAGAUGCCGUGGUACGACAGCUGUCAAAUGAUCUCCACACCGAUCUGAUCACGCUGAACGCCCAAGAUAUUGCCCAGCUAUUCAGCGAGCAAGACCUUGCAGAGACCGGUGCCACCUCUCCCAUCCGAUCUCUCGGCUACGAUGUCCACCGACCUCCGGUCACUACUUGGCCAGAGCCCAUUGACGGGGAAGGUGAGGGUGAGGAUGAUAUGGCUGAUAUUGCCGGACCCCCAGGCGUGCGUACCGAAGUCAGCACUCCUAGGUUCAUUACUAUUGAGGCUAGCAAAGAUUCUGGGGAUGUACCGCUGCCAAACUGGCUUGGUCUAAAGUCAAUUGUGGCAUCCAUCAAUGGCCAGGGAGACCAAGAAUCUGGUUCAACGCGGCACUUUGGUCAACGCGCAGAGCAGCGAUGGACCCGUCUUCUGAACGAGAUUAUAUCUUCUCUUGAUCAGCCUACCAAGUCCGCUCCCAAGGAGGCAGAGGAGUCAGCUGAGCUGGACGUAGCUAUUCCUGUACUCUCUCGUGACACCAUUGUUCAUAUCCAGGACUAUCGUGAUAUUCAAAGCACAAGAGAGGGCUCUAGGGUCAUCUCAUUGCUGCAAAAGGUCAUCCAGGAACGGCGACGAACCGGCUCCAGGAUUAUUCUCAUUGGGAGUACAUCACAGGAACUUCGUCAUGCUCCAUCACAAGACGGUUCGAAAAUCCUUCAAAACGUGUUCGAUGACGGUUUUUCUAAAACUUUGGUAAUCACGCCGUCCAUGGAAUUGAAGGCCGCCGAAAAGAAGUUUGCUCAAGACCAGAAAAAACGAACCAUGGAUAUCAACAUCCGCCAUCUUCAGACUAUGUUACGGUUUAGACUUAACGAAACUGCUUCCGAGGUCAAGGAUGAUAUCUUUGGCGACCGUGCCUGGUCGCUUGACCCAACGACAAUCAAACAAUCGGGCAUCAGAGACAAGUUCUGGUCCUACAACCAGGUACAUUGGGUUGCAACCCUAGCACUGGGCAGUAUAGAAGCUGGUGAAUCCUUUGGUUUUGAACAUAUUCGACGCGGGAUCGAGCUUAUGGACAAGGGGGACCAAGUCACCAACGAAUGGUUGCAGGCAAAAUCCCCAAAGGCGACAGACUCCAGCAGCGGUCAGACCCGAGAGCAGCUGCUAAGCUCUUUGCGCAAGACAUGUACUCCCCACGAGAAGAAAUUGCUCAAUGGCGUAGUAGACGCCAAGAGUAUCCGCACGACCUUCAACGAUGUCCAGGUCCCACCUGAGACCAUUGAUGCACUAAAAACCCUCACUUCUCUAUCGCUGGUUCGACCUGAGGCUUUCACUUAUGGUGUGUUGGCUACGGACAAGAUUCCUGGCCUUCUGCUAUACGGUCCUCCCGGCACAGGAAAAACACUGCUCGCCAAGGCAGUUGCUCGCGAGAGCGGCGCAACUGUCCUCGAAGUGAGUGGCUCCGAGGUAUAUGAUAUGUACGUUGGUGAAGGUGAAAAGAACGUGAAAGCCAUCUUUACACUCGCCAAAAAAUUAAGUCCAUGUGUUGUAUUUAUUGAUGAAGCAGACGCCAUUUUCUGCUCUCGCACAGGGUCCAGCAGUCGCACGUCACACCGUGAACUUAUCAACCAGUUCCUUCGCGAGUGGGACGGAAUGAACGACCUCUCCGCAUUUAUUAUGGUGGCCACCAACCGUCCCUUUGACCUGGAUGACGCAGUUCUGCGUCGUCUACCCCGACGACUCCUCGUGGAUCUCCCAACCGAGACAGACCGUCUCGCUAUUCUCAAGAUCCACCUCAAAGAAGAACAACUUGACCCCGCGGUCGACCUGGCCGAGCUAGCCAAACGCACAGAACUUUACUCUGGCUCCGACUUGAAAAACCUCUCAGUCGCUGCAGCCCUAGCAUGCGUGCGGGAGGAGAAUGACGCCGCAGCAAAUCACCAAGGCGAUGAGCCCUACGAAUACCCGAAGCGACGAAUCCUCACGAGCGCUCACUUUGACCGCGGAAUGGAAGAGAUCAGUGCCUCGAUCAGUGAAGACAUGUCUUCCCUGACUGCCAUCCGGAAGUUCGACGAACAGUACGGUGAUCGCAGGAGUCGGCGCCCGAAAUCCAAAGGAUGGGGCUUCGGACCAGCUGCCGAUGCACCAACCACUGAAUCCGUGCGCGUGCGGACGUGA